AUGGCAGCAACUGCUGCAAAUUGCUUAUCCUUCGCCCAAUUUCAACGGCUGAGGUACUUCAUGGAUGUGCCGACUCAAGAAACAAGUCGUGUUGAGUUUGAAGGGACUUUCGAGGAUAAUUGGAAGGAUGAUUUAGAUGGCUUUUUUGAUUCAGAAGAAGAAUUAUUUAUAACAGCGGGAAGAAUAUUCUACUCAAAACUUAGAGUGUUUCAAACCGUACGAAAUUUGGGUAGCAAGCUGGAAUGGCCAGAUUUACCCUUAGCAAUAAAAAAAGAAUUCAUUUCGCAGUGUCGUGAAGAACUUGAAUCUGGGAAAACACUCCGAAAUGGAGCCUUCUAUACGAUCCUGUAUCUGUGCGCAGGAGUGUAUGAUUGUGUCAAAGAUUUAGAUGAUCAUUUUCAAAGCAUAGAGAGAAACAUUGAAUUGCUUAGAAGCUUUGGAAUUCCUAGAGUUAUUUAUUCUAUCUUUACAAAUUGGAACACAAACCGUUUGCCUGGCUAUAUGUCGGACUUGAAAGAAAAGGAGAUGCUUACUCUCUUUCUUUCAUUGUUUUGCUUCUUUUUAACGGUCCCUUCAGAAAAUUAUGCUGAAUGGAUUGAAUGCGCACGUUCUCUGCAGCCAUCAUUAAUGUCUUCCUUGGUACAAUUAUUUAAUGACACGAUGAAUGAAUACGAAAUGGACCUUGAUAAUGUCAGCCUUUUUCCGUUAAGACAAAUAACCUUCCUUAUUUAUAAAGUGUGUUUCCGUUUGUGGGGUACAGAAACGGAUUUUCAAGAAAAGAAGAAUGUUGUUGGGAACAUAGAUAAUAACACAUCCUCUAAUAAACCAAAGACUACAAUUUUAGAUUAUGAAGUCUUUCGCCACGAAAUUGCUACCAAGUAUUCCUUUUUCGCCCAUCCUUUUUAUUCGCUCCCGUUGGAUAGAGAACAGAUACAUAUCCUUCCUACGCUGAACACAGAUUCGUUUCAUAAAUCCUAUUUUUUAUGCAGUAGUCGUCUAUGUUCCCCAGAAAAUCCUUCUUUACCGCUGACACACUCGAAAUCAAAAGUAAACACUCGACGUGAGCAAUUUCAAACGAACCAAAACUUACCUUUUGGAUUUACACCUUCUAUAAAAGAUUCCCCCGCUCCUAAAAGUAUAAUAGAAGCUACUGAGCUUUUGCAUCGUCAAAGCAAACACAAUAUUAUUGUGCAGCAACUACUUUUCGAGCGAGAAUACUUACGGCAUUGUACACAUCAGCAUCUCCUUGGUACCAGUUUGAAUGAUGCAGUUAAAUCUUUGGAUUUCUCACAUGAGAAGCCGGCAAUUAAUGAUCCAUCUGUGAGUUAUAUUUCGAAGUCUUAUGACGACUUAUUCCUUCAUUUGGAUAUCUUCGUACAAUUAUCGAUGCAUUUAUUUUAUUAUACUUCUAAAAAAGUAAAUAAAUUAUACAUCGAAGCAUUUUCUUCAUCCGAAGCAGCAAUGCAAAUGCAAAGCAUUAAUGAUAUGGCGGUUGCCGACUCCCCUAGUGAGGAGAUUAGUGAACCUGUGAUUAAGCCGCUAGAAAAGAAUUCAAUAGGUGAAUCGAACGAACUGGCUUCUGGCUUUUUUGUGUCAGGUAAUAUUUUGUACUUCAUUGAUACUUGCGAACUAAUAUUAUAUUCUCUGUCGGGUCUUUUCUUGAUGAUGAUCAAAUGGCUUCGUUUAUCUCAUGUAUUACGAUCCGAAAGAAUUGCAAAACUGUUGUACGAUAACCAUUUUCUAGAAAUUCUGAGUCGCUAUUUCUCAGACAAUGAAUCAUCAAUGCACGCCGAACGAGACAUGAAAUGUCUUCGGGGUGGCUUUUUCACAUUCACUGCGAAGUCCUAUAAGCAAAUUUCCAGUGGUUCUUUUGUCUACUCCAAGAGUCCGUCUUAUAGAAACACGCUUAUUACUUUGAAUUGCCUUCGUUUAACGGGAAAAAUCUGUAAAUAUCAUAAUAACAGAAAAGAAACUCUAGUUAAAAUUGAUAUGCAGAAUCAUUUGAAAAGACUGCUAGAAAUCCCUCAUGAUGUACUUAAGGGAUAUGCGUUGAAGGUUUUGAAAUUACAUAUACCAUAUUUGGGAGUAAAAUGGAAGCAAGCCAACAUGAAUGUUAUUACCAAAAUUUAUUUGCACUGUCCUCUCAAUUUGCGAGAUAGUUGGAUCUUUCCAGAAAACAAUUUGGAAACACAACGGUCAUCCAAACUUCAAGACACCUUUUUGUGUAUUUUGAUCCGAUUUUAUCAUAAACGACUAUAUGGGAAUAUUUGCAAUAAGUUAUACGACCUAAAUAUGCUUGAGGAAAUUCGAUUGAAGCGAACCAUCGAAGAAUUAGUAGAAACGAAUAUGAUGGAGAAUCUGCCAGAUGCUAUGUGGACCUAUGCACAAAGCUCUGAGACUUCUGAUUUCUUCGAUAAUGAACUUUCAUCUGUUCUUGUACAAAAUGUGUCUUCGUUUUUCUAA